CUGCAGAGACGGCCAGUUCUCAGCCUUGUGCGCUGGCCCGUUGGUGCCUAAUCAUUUCUUGGCCUUUUUGGGUCCAUGGGCAGGGCCCUGUUCAAUUCCUUCAGCCUCGGGGGCAGUGUUUGGGCUGUGUAAAAAUCUAUCUACAGGUGUACACCUGCUGAGGGUCGCUGUGAAGACUUUGCGACGUCAUCUUCUUGUUCUAUUGAAACAUCAGAAGUAUGAGCAGCUCAACCAGCCUGCCUGUUGCAAAUUCUGUUCUCUCUACCUGCGCCAACGGGACGGUGGUAGCCACUCGAUAUGGCCUGAACUACACCGUUUAUUGUGACAGGAAUCUUCCGGGAAACGACUUGGACUCGAUACCAGAUGCAGCGGAUAGUCUCGAUGAAUGUAUUGAGAUCUGCACAGUCAAAUGGCCCCUAUGUGCGGGCGCGACAUGGUUGCCUUCGGCGAAGAAGUGCUAUCGGAAGAACAAAGAUAUUGCGGAGACGAUUCUCAAUCCCGAAAUCGGAACGGUUUCAUUUCUGGCUUUCAAGACUCAGAUCACACAGGAUCCCAGAGACACAGCAUGUCCAUAUGGCAACCUAGCGACACACAAUACGACAUCUGGUCGUCAAUACAAAAUCCUGUGCGGAGCUUACUACGCCAACGCCGCACCGAACCUGUUGCGAACACACACAACAUCGAUGGAUGAGUGUUUAGAACUCUGCGACAAGCACCAUCCGCUGUGUACACGCAUCAGCUUCAUCGCCGACAUGACCGGAUCAGGGUGGCUGAACUGCGAGCUGAAGACAGAAUCCAGAGCAAAGCCAUCCUGGUUCACACGUACUAUGGGCCACUCGGCCGAAGCCCUCGCAGUCAAGCUCUCACAGUCCAAGUGUGACGACGACAUCCUCGCCGCUACCAACGGCAAGGGUUUCAGAACCUCGUGCAGCGACCAUCGCGAUCUCAACAGCACCGCUGUACGCCCUCUGCGGACGUUUCAUGAGCGCACGUUGCAGGCCUGCAGGCAGCGCUGCUUAGAUUCCAAUGUCUCAUGUAAUGCUCUGUCGUUCGACGCUGGUCUCCGCUCAGGCUACGAGAACUGCUACUUGUUCGACAAUCUCCCCCCGCCGUUGAAUCGCAGUCGUGACCAUACAUUUGCCUAUUCAGAUUCACUUGCGGCCAAGUAUGUGGAACCGCCGCCUGAGCCCUCACUGGUCAGGAACCGGGCCUGGAUCGCCGCAGCAGUGGUAGGUCCCAUCGUGUUGGGGAUUGGGUUAGUUUGGAUUUGGAAGCAGAGAGCGGCCAAGGCAAAGAAGAAGGCCACUUAGAAGGUAGUAAAAUG